UGUGCGCAUGCGCGCUCGUGAGAAGUGCUUGGUAGAAUGAUGAGGGUGGCAGGCACACAAACAGAUUAAAGCGCUUUUAAUCCUCUGCUCGCCCAGCAGAUUUACACCGCCAGCACACACUUUGUAUGCAACAACGUCGAGAAGACGCUUCUUGUUAGAAAACUAGUGCUUUUGUCCAACGGUCCUGACCGGACUUUGGAGGACUUUGAUCCGUCUUGAAGGCCAGCGGCGGCGGGGAAGACUUGACUUCAUGUCGGCCUGCUAGCUCGCCAGCUGCUGGGGGAAUAAACUCUCUUUUCACUCGCUUUUUGCUCAAUUAUCUCCUUUCUGAGCGUUAACUCCUCUUUUCAAUCGCUUUUUGCUCAAUUAUCUUCUUUCUGAGCGUUAACUCCAGUCGGGAAGAUGAAGGACCGAUUGGAGCAACUGCGAGCGACGUGCGACCACGACGACGACGAAGUGGAGAUAGCCAUGGACAACGCAGCCUUCAUGGACGAGUUCUUCUCCCAGAUCGAGGACAUCAGGACCAGCAUUGACAAAAUAGACGAGAAUGUGGCUGAGGUCAAAAAGCUUUACUCCAUCAUCCUGUCUGCUCCCACCUCGGAUCAAAAAACACAAGAAGACUUGGAAGCCAUCACCAAUGACAUCAAGAAGAUGGCAAACAACGCUAGAAACAAACUCAAGACCAUCGAGAGGAACCUGGAGUCCGAGGAACAGGAGAGGGUGUCUGCUGACAUUCGGAUACGUAAAUCUCAGCAUGCAGUGCUGUCCCGGAAGUUUGUGGAGGUGAUGACCAAGUACAACGAAGCCCAGGUGGACUUCAGGGAGAGGAGUAAAGGACGUAUUCAGAGACAGCUGGAGAUCACCGGAAAGGCCACAACAGACGAGGAGCUGGAGGAGAUGUUGGAGAGCGGGAAUGCUGCCGUGUUCACUGCGGGGAUUGUGGACUCUGGCAUCUCCAAACAAGCCCUGAGUGAGAUCGAAGCCCGACACAAAGACAUUGUUCGUCUGGAGAGUAGCAUCAAGGAGCUUCACGACAUGUUCGUAGACAUCGCCAUGCUGGUGGAGAACCAGGGUGACAUAGUAGACAACAUAGAACAGAAUAUUUCCAAGUCAGUGGACCACAUCAUUGCAGCUAAAGAGCAGACCAAAAAGGCUGUCAGGUACCAGAGCAAAGCACGCAAGAGAGUGCUGCUUGUAGUGCUGCUCGUUCUGGUCUUGGUGGCCGUACUAGCGCUGGUCAUCGGGCUGUCAGUGGGCCUGACCGGCAGCUGAGCGGCUGUUGAGUCGGCAGCUCAGAAAAUGAUCAUAAUCGGCGUGGUCUGUGCCGUGCUGGUCGCCAUCCUCCUCGCCAUCAUCCUCUCACUGACUCUAUAGCAGGACCUCUUCGUACAAACCAUUUCACUCCUCUCACCCCUUCAUCCGGAGUCUACCCUCCCCCGCUCCCCCGAACGAGAAGAUCAAGACUCGACCGACGUCCGCCUAAAGCUAAGGACCGUUUGUUCCGCCUUAAAUGAAGACUGAACCUGACGUACUUGCCUCCAGUCAUCCAGGUGUCGCAUUUCUAUUUAUUCAUGAUCUAAGAAACACACUAUUAUUAUUAUUAUUAUUAUUAUUAUCAUGUCUUUAUGAGCCUUUGACACAUCUCACAAUGGAAUGUUCUUGGGAGUUUCAGCACUUUUACGUUUUUCCACAAAAAAGAUUCCUCUCUGUCGCCAUGGUCUUGCACGUCCUCCUAUUGAAGCGGCAAGACGACAACUAGUCAUUCCAAAGAAAACCUUAGUUUGUAACAACCCAAAAAGCUUACUUUUUUUUUAAGGUUUUGCACCAACAUUGUGUAACCUGGCUUUGUUUUAAAACAUACCGUUUACGGUUUUAAAAUUUUUUUAGAAAUCCGGAUGCCAAAUAUGUCAACAACACCCGUUAAGUAUUGCUACUUUGUUUAUAGCGAUACCGUUUUGUUUGUGCCUGUUUAGCAAUAAAGUUAGAUUGAAUGUGAGUCGAUACGCUGGAAAGUCAACACUUUUUAACGCCUUUAUUGCUGGGAUUUGUGUCAUUAAAUCAUUUAUUUAUGUUUCCUUGUAAAGCUGUUAAAGAACCACUGCCUCUGAGAGACAAAUAUACAUGCGGACUUCAUCCAAAUGGUGCCUUUUAUUUGUCACGGAGGGAACAAAACUGUGAUGUAUUAAUGUUUUAUUGCUAAUUAAAUUUUUUUUAAUGUAUAUUGCUGGUUGACUUGCUGUUGACUGUAAGCCUGAAACAAAGCUGAUUCAUGGUUAUGGAGAGGUAGGUUGUGUUUUCUCAUUACACACACAGACACACACACACACACACACACAGACACCCCUCUUUUCCCUGGGUCCUCCCCCGAAGUGGUGUCAAUGUGCAUGCAUGUGAACUACAAAACCCAAAACCAGUGAAGUUGUGAAAUUUGUAAAAAACAAAAGGAGAAUAAAAUGAUUUGCAAAUCCUUUUCAACUUGUAUUCAAUUGAAUAGACUGCAAAGACAAGAUAUAAAUUUUUUGGCAAAUCAUGAAGUUAGAAUUUAAUGGAAGCAACACAUUGCAAAAAAGGCAUUUUUACCAGUGUGUUACAUGGCCUUUCCUUUUAACAACACUCAGUAAAGGUUUGGGAACUAAGGAGACACAUUUUUGAAGUGGAAUUAUUUCCCAUUCUUGCUUUGAUGUACAGCUUAAGUUGUUCAACAAUCUCCUGCCUCAUAUUUUAGCCUAAAUAUUUUCAAUGGGACUACAGGUAGGCCAGUCUAGUACCUGCACUCUUUGACUACCAAGCCACGCUGUUGUAACACCUGGCUUGGCAUUGCCGUGCUGAAAUAAGCAGGGGCGUCCAUAAUAACGACAUACGUUGCUCCAAAAGCUGUAUGUACCUUUCAGCAUUAAUGGUGCCUUCACAGAUGUGUAAGUUACCCAUACCUUGGCCACUAAUACACCCCCAUACCAUCACACAUGCUGCCUUUCACACUUUGCGCCUAGAACAGUCCGGUUCUUUUCAUUUUUGUUCCAACGUCCACGGUUGCCAAAAACAAUUUGAAAUGUGGACUCGUCAGACCACAGAACACUUUCCCACUUUGCAUCAGUCCAUCUUAGAUGAGCUCGGGCCCAGUGAAGUUGGCUCCGUUUCUGGGUGUUGUUGGUAAAUGGCUUUGGCUUUGCAUAGUAGAGUUUUAACUUGCACUUACAGAUGUAGCGACCGACUGUAGUUACUGACAGCGGCUUUCUUAAGUGUUCUUAAGCCCAUGUGGUGAUAUCCUUUACAUACUGAUGUCACUUUUAUGAUGCAGUACCACCUGAGGGGUCGAAAAUGCGUAACAUCAGGGCUUACGUGCAGUGAUUUCUCCAGAUUCUCUGAAACUUUUGAUGAUUCACGGAGCGUCGAUGUUGAAAUCCCUAAAUUCCUUGCAAUAGCUGGUUGACAAAUGUUGUUCUUAAACAAUUUGCUCAGGCAUUUGUUGACAAAGUGCUGACCCUCGCCCCAUCCUUUCUUGUGAAAGACUGAGCAUUUUUUGGGAAGCUGUUUUUAUACCCAAUCAUGGCACCCACCUGUUCCCAAUUAGCCUGUUCACCUGUGGGAUGUUCCAAAUAAGCAUACUUGCCAACCUUGAGACCUCUGAUUUCGGCGUGGUUGGGGGGGCGGGGCGUGAUUAGAGGGGAGGAGUAUAUUUACCGCUAGAUUCAUAGAUUCACCUAGUCAAGUAUUUCAUAUAUAUAUAUAUAUAUAUAUAUAUAUAAAAUAAAUACUUGAAUUUCAGUGUUCAUUUAUUUACACAUUUACACACACAUAACACAUCUACUCAUUGAGUUAAGGGUUGAAUUGUCCAUCCUUGUUUUUCUAACCAUACGCAGGUACAGUAGAUGGCAGUAUUGUCCUGUUUAAGAGUGUCACAACAUUGCUGUUUACGGCAGACAAACUGCUUUACGGUAGACGAAAACUGACUGCUGUAGUUGUGUGUCGUUUUACCGCGUUUGUAGGACGUUAAUGAAACUGCCUAACAAUAAACCCACCUAAGAAACCAAGAACUCGCCCUCGAUCAUUCUGCAGUUAGAACGUCAUUGGGUACACACACUCUUUAUACACGUCACUCAGGUCCGCCUGAAUUUAGGGAGAAAAUUUGUCCCGGGAGAUUUUUGGGUGAGGCGCUGAUUUUCAUGAGUCUCCCGGAAAAUACGGGAGGGUUGGCAAGUAUGCAAAUAAGUGUUUGAUGAGCAUUCCUCAACUUUCUUACUCUUUUUUUUUUCCACUUGUGCCAACAUUGUUGCAGGCAUCAAAUUCCAAAUGAGCUUAUAUUUGCAAAAAAUAAACAAAGUUUACCAGUUUGAACAUGAAAUAUUAUGUCUUUGUAGUCUAUUGAAUUGAAUAUAAGUCGAAAAGGAUCUGCAAAUCAUUGUAUUCUCUUUUUAUUUACCAUUUACACAACGUGACAACUUCACUGCUUUUCUACAAAAUGGCACAAAUGACACUUUUUCGCUCUAUACCUGCAGAAAAAGAUGAUGAUUACUUUGUGCUGUACCAUCAUUGGAAUCGUGGUGUUCUCCUAUCUCUACAGUUUCUUCUCAUAAAAGGUAAAAGCGCUUUGCAUCCGCAUGAGGAAUAGAUGACUUUAAUGCAUGUUUAUUCUGUUUUUUUUUCCGUGUGCUGGCGUCAAAAGAAUUGUCCAAAAACUUUUCCCUCCAACCUGAACUCCUGACUGAAACUUCAACCUGUGUCCCUGCCUGAUUCUCUACUUCUUUAUUUCUCUAUUCCAUCCAUCCAUUUUCUACCGCUUAUCCCUUUAUUGACUUUGAGUAAUAGUUGUGUUGCUGUAUGAAGUGUCAUGCAUGGCCAUUGUUUGUCUCACCACGUCGCCCCCUGGUGGUCAAUGUAAAGAAACUCUAAAGUCCACAUUCCAAGCGUUCUGAGGACUGGACCACAUUCUGAUUCAUUUGAUGUCACAAAUGUCACGACCUGCAUGUACUUUUUGUUGUGUGCUCUGAAAGUGCGUGUAAUAUUUGUGUGUGUGUGUGUGUGUUUUUCCUGGCUGCGUGACCCAGAAAAGCGUGU